AUGACGACAACAGCAAGUACAUCGUCAAAUUUACCUGAUAAAGAUCAAAUUCGUGUACAUGUUCGACGUGACGGCUUGAUUGAAAGACAAAGAUUUACUGGACGAGUUUGGAGACAAUUAUGUAAAUAUGAUGGUGGAGAAGAAUGUCAGGCAUUUGUUGCUUAUAGAAGUCUUUGUGUUGGACAUUAUCAUCAAACAUUAGGUAUAACUGUUAAAGAAUCAAAACGUAGACAAUUAAUUCAACAAUUAGCAACUGCUGCUGCAUCAUCAAAGGCAACAACAAUAACAGCAACAAUGAUACCAUCAAAAAUUCGAUGUUCUAUUGAAACACCUUUAACUCUUGAUCGUAAAAUACCACCUGUUCAAUCAAUUUUACUUAAUACAUCAACAACUAUAGAUGAGUCAACGGCAACAUCCGAUUCUAAUCAAGCAUGUUCAUCUGCUAGGUCAAUUGAUAGUCAUGCUGAUGAUUAUAUUUUGGCUCAAAAAUCAAUUUCAAUAACUGCAUCUCGCCUAACUGAUGAACAAAUAGAUCAUCUUGAUCAAUUUCUUCAACGCUUUAAUAUUCAUUAUUCAGAUGAAAUCGAUGAAAAAACAACACAUUUAAUAACUGAUGAUACAAUAAUUCCAUUCGUUUGUGCUUUAUCAUGA